UUGUCUACAAACUCACAUGUGUACCACUUCCUGUUUGUUGCCGCGAAACACAAGCGCGUGCUGGCAGAUGCGCGCUCCCGCACUUCUCCAGCUUUUGCUCCUCGCGCGCGCGGACAGAGAUGAGAGUGGUAAAGCAGGGUGGUUUAAUAAUGUUCUGUAGGUUCCACUGACGGCUCACGGCUGAUUUCUGCAUCAAUUCAUCACCAGAUCAACACCAGAAACGUGUGUGUGUGUGUGUGUGUGUGUGUGUGUGUGUGUCUUGCUCCAUUCUCCCCUGGUCCCCUCACUCUGUAGCCAUGGAGGCACGAGGAAAGUUUGACUUCAGUGCCACGGCUGAAGACGAGCUCAGCUUUCGUAAAGGAGACAUCCUGAAGAUCAUCGGCUCUCAAGACGACUGGUUAAAAGCAGAAAUGCACGGACACGAAGGAUUUAUUCCAAAAAACUAUGUGGACAGACAGAUCCCCAGUUGGUUCCAGGAGAACGCAGGCCGCAGCACUGCAGAAGAACUGCUCAAGUCUCGAGAGGUGGGAGCCUUCCUGAUCCGCGGCAGUCAGAGCUCACCUGGAGAUUUCUCCAUCUCUGUCAGACAUGAAGUUGAUGUGCAACAUUUUAAAGUGUUGAAGGACAAAAAAGGACAAUAUUACCUGUGGACUGAAAAGUUCAUGUCCCUCAACAAGCUGGUGGACUUUUACAAAACAUCAUCCAUCUCCAAGCAGAAAGAGAUCUUCCUGAGAGACGGAACUGGAGAGGAACCCAGAGUCCCAGCACCUCAUCCUGUAAAGAAAGACAACAACCGACCCCAACCUUCAGCACACCGCAGACCGACUGAGCAAACUCACACUCAGCCUAAUAAACAGUGCAGUAUGGAGGAGAGAAGUCACAGUAUGGGUUCUGCAGGAAAAAACAGUCCUGUAAACACCCUACCAACACCCAGGCGUCAUUCUGACAUCCUACCUGCACCGAGACCAACUGCACAGGUACAGGCUCUGUAUGACUUCAUCGCAGAGGAAGAGGAUGAGUUGGGCUUCAACGCCGGUGACGUAAUUGAGGUUCUGGAUCGUUCCGAUGCAUCGUGGUGGAAAGGACGUCUGCGUGGUAACGUCGGACUUUUCCCUGCUAACUACACGUCUCAGAUGUAAACCACUCGGUGAAGCGGUCCUUCUGCGAUGCUUUUACACUUUAAGAAAGCUCUUUUCCUUUCAUCACUGAUUACGAGGACAAGAUAAUGAUUGGAUUAAUUUCAGAAUCAUGAUUUAGUGUGAAUUCUUGGUACGAUUCCGUCUCACUCCUGAUCCGACACACGGACAGGACGAGAAGGUGCUUUUAUUCUCCUAAUUUCUCUCUGCGUCACUAAUCUACUGUACAUCACUGUUCCUCAGUCCUGCUCCUGGACACACAAAGAACCCCGAGUGUGUUAAAGAACCAAUAACCCUGAGUGUGUUAAAGAACCAAUAACCCUGUGUUUUUUCUUUUCUAAACUUUCUUCUUAUGGUUGUUUUUUAUCAAAUUAAACUCCAACAGUCUUUACUGUAAUCUAUUAUAUGAACCCAUAAUUAUUAUUAUUAUUAUUAUUAUUAUUAUUAUUAUUAUUAUAUUUCUUUAAUAUUUUGCUGUAAUAAAACCAUUACAAAAGAA